CCGAUGUAACUGUUUCGUCAAACGGGGUAGAAUAGCAUCUCGGGCAUAUGAUUCGCUGGGUUCCGCUAUUUCUACACAGAAAGAAAUUUCAUCUUCCCUUCUGCCGCCACAAUCAAUCAAUCAUCGUGUCAUACACAGUCAAAAUGCCCAUCAGCAAGAAAGCCAGAAUCCAGCGCGAGCACAAGGCCGCCGAAAAGGCCGGCACUCGCAUCCCUCACAAGCCGAAUGGUCUCCCUGUCAAGCCUCCCAAGCCCACAUCAAUCUGCAAAAACUGUCGCAAGGAGAUUGUCAACACCAACAAGGCCCAGCUUGAGGUUCACGCUGGCACCCAUGACGCCAAGCUGUGGCCUAAGGAGAAGUGCUGGCCAAACGACUUCCCUGCGGCCUAGAUCGGACGCGAUAAGAGCGCAGGCAUGAAGUCAAGUUCGAGGGUACGGGUGUAAGGGGUUCACACAUUUCUAUUUAGCACACUACGUUUUUACUUACGGAGAGGGCCCGUCAUAUAACCGGGUGACCUGGAGAAAACAAUAUUACAUAUAGACAGAUAUAUAAACGUAUGAAAAUUGAACAGAGAAACGCUCAUGUGACAUGCUUCAGUAGUUCUAAAUCACUGUAUGCUGAUAG